AUGUCGUCGACAAUCGCGCUGGAGAAGGAGGCUCCCUUGGGGUUCUUAUACAACAAUGCGGUCGCUGCAGCUCUGUCCGAUACAUACACAUCCUUUUCCGAACGGAGGGCGGCAUUAGGACUGUCAAAUCCGGGAUCAGUUGACAAGAUUGCGAAGGAGGUGCAACGGGAUGUCUUCCUAACCAACUCUAUGUUCUCUGGCCUGAGGGCGGAUCUCACCAAGGCCUUCAGCGUUAACCCUUACUUCAACGUCUCCCAUGCAUUUGCCAGCGGCUCGCAAGCUCUGGCCCCGUACACAUUUGCAGCCCUCUAUGGCACAAGCAAGGUCUUCAUGCAAGGAACGGUCGAUAAUGAUUCACAAGUUACAGCCCAGUUGAACUACAGAUGGGCACCCGCCCUUGUUUCCAAGGUUCAAAUGCAGCUACAAGGAGCCCAAGCUAUGGCUCAAUUUGACAAUGAAUAUACCGGAAAUGAUUUCACAGCCUCGAUAAAAGCUAUCAACCCGUCAGCUAUUGAUGGUGGACUGACUGGUAUUUUCAUUGGCAGCUAUUUGCAAUCUGUCACACCUAGCCUUGCGCUCGGGUUGGAGGCGAUCUGGCAGCGCGCGGCGCUGAACCAAGGCCCAGAAACCGCAAUGUCAUACUGUGCCAAGUACAAGGGGAGCGAUUGGAUUGCUACUGCGCAACUACAAGCGCAAGGAGCAAUCAGCACAUCAUACUGGAGGAAGUUGACAGACAAAGUGGAAGUUGGUGUUGACUGCAACCUUCAAUUUGCAGGACUAUCAGGAGCCGGCAUGAUGGGGGGUCCAGUUAGAAAGGAGGGUGUUACGACGCUCGGCGCAAAGUACGACUUCCGAAUGUCAACUUUCAGGGCGCAGGUAGACUCGACAGGGAAGUUGAGCUGUCUGUUGGAGAAGGUGGUUGCGCCAGUUGUUCGGAUGACAUUUGCUUCCGAAAUGGAUCACGUCAAGCAAUCUGCCAAAAUUGGUCUGGCAGUCUCCAUCGAGUCUGCAGGCGAAGAGCUCCAAGAACAAGCAACUGCUCCCCCUUCAUUCCCCGUCUAA